GAAGGGGCUCUGGAUCUGCUCAAGUCCCUCACCAGCUACACCAUGACCAUCCAGCUGCUCCAGACCACGCGGAUCGGGGUGGCCGUCAACUCGGUGCGGAAGCACUGCUCGGAUGGAGAGGUGGUGGCCUCGGCCAAGAUCCUCAUCAAGAACUGGAAGCGGCUGCUGGAGCCUUCCACCACUCCAAAGAAGGAGAAGGAUGUGGAUGGGGAGAAGGAGAAGAAGGAUAAGGGGCUGGAUUUCCCCAGCUGCCCCAAUGAAGGGGUGAAGCACCCCAAGAACCCAGCUGAGAAGCACAAGGAGAAGCACAAGGAGAGAAAGGCCAGUGAUGGCCGGAGCCCAGCUGCGUCCUCCAAGAAGUCUCCUCUGGACAGCAAGAAAGAGAGGAGAGACUCUGCUGACUCAAGGUCCUCCACUACCUCGGCCAUCUCCUCCUCUUCCUCCCCACAGAAGAGGCUGUCAGGGGAGAGGAGAGCCUCUGUGGGCACCAGUCCUUCUCCAGCUCCCACUGGCUCCCGGAGCAACUCCAGCGACAGCAAAGAGGACAGCCCCUGCUUCCUGGCCCCCUGUUAUCUCACAGGGGACUCAGUGAGGGACAAGUGCAUCGAGAUGCUGACAGCCGCCCUCCGCAUGGAUGAUGACUACAAGGAGUUUGGUGUCAACUGUGAGAAGAUGGCAUCGGAGAUCGAAGACCAUAUCUUCCAGGAGCUGAAGAGCACGGACAUGAAGUAUCGCAACCGGGUGCGGAGCAGGAUCAGCAACCUGAAGGACCCCAAGAACCCCAGCCUGCGGAGGAACGUGCUGUGUGGGGCCAUCCCGCCCAGCCUCAUCGCCCGCAUGACCGCCGAGAAAAAAAAACUGCGGAAUGCCAUGACCCAGGAGGCCAUCCGGGAGCACCAGAUGGCCAAGACAGGCGGCACCGUCACCGACCUCUUCCAGUGUGGCAAGUGCAAGAAGAAGAACUGCACAUACAAUCAGGUGCAGACACGCAGCGCUGAUGAGCCCAUGACCACGUUUGUGCUGUGCAACGAGUGCGGGAACCGCUGGAAGGUCUGUGCCCGGCUCCGGGUGCCCCAACCCGCCCCCAGCCCGGGGGGGAUGUCACAGACCCCCCAGAACGGUGCCGGGGGCUGG